AUGACUAAGCUAUUAGAAUGGGUUUCAGUGUUCUCAGCACUGUUUGCGGUAUGGUAUUCGUUGAUCGGAGGUUACGUGAAGCACCCACUGAUUGAAAAGAAUAUGACUCUCAUUCUCAUUUCUCCUCUUAUAUUCGUGAUCCUCUUCGGCUUAUACGCUGUCACAGUAGUGUUAUACCGCGUGUUUACUUUUAACAAUUGCGAGGCCGCCGCUAAAGAGCUGCAGGAGGAAAUAAAAGAGGCCAAAAAAGACUUGCAUGAAAAGGGACUAAGAUGGUGA